AUGGCGGAGGAAGAAGAGAAUGAGUUAUCGAGCGAACCGGAGUUUCCGAAGAGUCGAGUGAAGAAGAUAAUGACACUGGACAAAGACGUAAAGAGAGUGAGUUCAGAAGCGUUGUUUCUGGUGUCGCGAUCUACAGAGCUGUUUUUGCAGUUACUUGCUGAAAAGUCUGCGGAAGCUGCAAUUGAGAAGAAAAGGAAGACGGUGAAGCUUGAACAUAUAAGAAUCGCGGUGAAGAGGAAUCAGCAUGGAAAGUCUGUUCCGGUUGGUACUCGCCGCAUUGAUCAUAUAUUUAGAAAGUCGGAAGCUCAGGAUGAUGCCGAGGCGCCUGAACCCAUGGAAGAGUCAUAG